AACUGUCUGCCUUUUCACAUAUUUCUGUGAACAUUCAGAUGUCUUGAUUCAUGGCAAAGUCACCUCAGACAGCUGGGAACUUACCAACUCAGAAUGUAAGCCAUUUCUCAACAUCAGUCUAAUAUAAAUCAGUUGCCAAAUGCAAAUGCAAAAAGAAAGGGAUAGAGAGAGAAAAAAAUGAACAGGGGGGGGGGGCACCUGGACAGACAGACAGUUGCUGGACAGAAUCCACCGUUGGAUGGGUGUGGCCAGAAAUCCAGAGAGAGAGAGAGAAACAGAGAGAGAGAGGUAGAGAAAGAGAGAGAGAGAGGGGUGGUGUGCAGGUUUGUGCUGAGUGGGGCUGAUCUCUCUGAAUCCUCUUGGCUCGCACCCUGCCUGUGCCCGCUGUGGGAGUGUUGGCGGCAGGGCAGCCGGGUGGCGCGGGGCAGCCGGUGCCAACCCAGCCACUAUUGAGAGUCAGUGUGACGGACACAAUGCGAACGACAGACUUGCUGCAUCAACAGCCUCACCCACCCAGCACUUUUCUGCUGCUCUGGACAGAAAUAAACCAUAAAAACCCCCCCUGGCCCCCGGUGUAUGCUCGCCACACACACGCCCGCUCACACACCCCCCACCCACACACACAACAACACACCCACACCAGAGUGAGAGAAAGAGAGAGAGAGUGGGCGAGAAAGAGAAAGAGAGAAAGGUGUACAAGCGGCGAACUGAAGUUACAAGCGGACCAGGGAGUAUGUCGGAGACGCAAGGUGCCCCAGAGCAGCUGGCCGCUGGGAAAAGCCAGGGUGGGGCAGGAGCUACCUACAAGGUGGUGCUGUAUGAAUUUGAGAAUUUCCGAGGGAAGAAGGCAGAGUUCUCUGCAGAGUGUAAGGACGUUUGCGAGAAGAGCCUGGAAAAAGUUGGCUCAGCAGUGGUAGAGUCCGGACCGUGGGUGGCGUAUGAGCGUAAGGCCUUUGCUGGGGAGCAGUUUGUUCUGGAGAAGGGCGAGUACCCCCGCUGGAGCGCUUGGACCAAUAGCCAGAACAGCUACUGUCUGCUGUCCGUGAGGCCUCUCCGUGUGGAUAGUGCGGAUCACAAGCUCCACCUAUUUGAGAAUGGAGGCUUUGCCGGUAGGAAGAUGGAGAUCGUGGAUGAUGAUGUACCCAGCCUCUGGGCUCAUGGCUUUCAGGAUCGCGUGGCCAGCAUCAAAGCCCUGAACGGAACGUGGGUGGGCUACAUGUACCCAGGCUACAGGGGGCGCCAAUACGUGUUCGAGCACGGCGACUACAAGCACUGGAACGUGGGGGCGGCCGUACCACAGGUCCAGUCCGUCCGCCGCGUGCGCGACAUGCAGUGGCACAAGAGGGGCUGCUUCACCGCCCCGGAGCCUACCCCCAACCCCGCCCCUCCUCCCCCCGCCCCUCCCGCCGCAGCGGGCACCAGCUGAAGGAGAGCAGCGAGCCCCCCCAGCCUUGGGCCCCCCCUCGGCACUGGCGCCCCCCCCUCCUCUUACGCCCCGCCAGGCCUCCAUCCCUCUCAGAGGGCCACCAAGAAGCGGCGAACUCGGAAGUGACCGCCUUCCCCGUGUGUCUCGACUGGAAUAAACAAUAAAGGCUUUGGCCCAGAUUUGGUUUGAUCACAA